GCUGGGAUUUUCGAUUAGAUUUCGAAUUUGCUUAGAACUGCAGAUAAUCGUAAUUUACUUUUGUCCACUCCACAGUUACGCUACUAGUCCGGUAGCACUUAACAAGCACUUAAAAGUUGUUUCUUUAGUUAGUCAGUACGCGCUCUCCGACGAGGACGGAAGCUUUGUUGUGCACACGACGUGAAACCAGUCCCGGGAAUCGAGAACCUGUUUUUUUACGAAACCUGCAUCGAAAUGCCAUCUCAAGAAGUGAAUCCCGAUCUCCUGAAGGAGCGCAACACAGCUACCUUUGAUCCCCACGAGUUUGCCGUCUUCUGGGCUGGUGGCGAGGAGAGAUACAAAGAAAAGAAAAGCCUGGAAAAAAUGUUUCUCGAGGACCCGGCAUUGAAGGAUGACCUACCAAUCUCCUACCUGUCGCACAAGGAGCUGUACGAGCACAGCCUACGCAAGGCGUGCAUCAUAGGCGAGAAGAUACGGAAACUCCGUGCUGAAGGCGAGGAUGGCGUCGAUACCUACAAUGCGCUGCUUGGUGGCUCUCUGGGCGCCGCCAUAUUGAAGGAGGGCAAUCCUUUGACCCUACACUAUGUGAUGUUUGUGCCCACCAUCAUGGGUCAGGGCACUAUGGACCAGCAGGUGGAGUGGCUGAGCAAGGCAUGGGACUGCGAGAUUAUUGGAACCUAUGCUCAAACAGAGCUAGGACAUGGAACCUUCUUGCGGGGUCUGGAGACUCGCGCUGAUUACGAUGCCAGAACCCAGGAGUUUGUCAUAAACACACCUAGCCUUAGUGCCUACAAGUGGUGGCCGGGAGGCUUGGGUCAUACGGCAAACCAUGCUGUUGUGGUGGCUCAACUAUACACCAAGGGCGAGUUCCGUGGUCUGGCGCCGUUCAUUGUCCAGCUGAGGCACUCGGACACUCACGAGCCUCUGCCUGGUAUCGACAUCGGCGAUAUUGGUACAAAACUGGGUAUGAAGUCCGUGAACAAUGGCUAUCUGGGUCUGAAGAAUGUCCGCGUUCCUCUGAACAAUAUGCUGAUGAAGAAUCAACAGGUUCUGCCGGACGGCACCUAUGUGGCGCCCAAGAACAGCGUUCUCACCUAUGGAACAAUGAUGUUCGUUCGAUGCGCUCUGAUUCGCGACACUGCCCAGAGUUUGGCCAAGGCAUCUACCAUUGCCACAAGGUACUCGGCGGUGCGCCGACAGAGUCCUAUCGAUCCAAAUCAGCCGGAGCCACAGAUCAUGGACCACACCACCCAGCAGCUGAAGCUGUUCCCCCAAAUAGCCAAGUCCAUUGUAUUCAAAACCACCGGUGAUGGUAUUUGGAACAUGUACAACGUCUUGUCGGGGGAGAUCGAGCAGGGUAACCUAGACCGCCUGCCCGAGAUGCAUGCCCUGUCCUGCUGCCUGAAAGCCAUCUGCAGUGCUGACGCCGCCGCUGGUGUGGAGAUCUGCCGUCUGUCCUGUGGAGGCCAUGGCUACAUGGACUGCUCCAAUUUUCCGACCAUAUACGGCAUGACAACCGCUGUCUGCACGUACGAAGGUGAAAACACAGUAAUGUUGCUGCAGACUGCCCGGUAUCUGGUUAAGGUAUACGGCCAGGCAUUAAACGGGGAGAAGCUGGUACCAACAGUGGCCUACAUCAAUGACGCGCUAAAGGAGAGGCAGUUUGUUAAUUUCGAUGGUUCCCUAGAAUCCAUUGUCAAGGCCUUCCAGUUUGUGGCCGCCAACAAAAUCCGUAUUGCCUAUGAGCAGAUUGAGCAGCGUCGUAGACAGGGCCACAGCACCGAAAUGGCAGCUAAUCUGAGCGGAACCUUUUUGACUGCAGCGGCAGACCUCCAUGGACGUGCCUUCCUGGCCGAAUCAGCCUAUACGGAACUGUUGGCCGUGUCGCGACAGGUUUCACCAGCGCUGGCCGAUGUCCUGAAGGUGGUGCUGGAGCUAUACCUAGUUGAUGCCUGUCUCAAUCGCAUUGGCGACUUCUUGCGCUUCAUCGACCUCACAGACAAAGAUGUCACAACGUUGGAGAUUCGCCUGCAGAACUGCCUGAAGCAACUGCGACCAAAUGCCGUCACCUUGGUGGACAGUUUCGAUUUGCAUGAUCGCGUUCUGGACUCUGUACUGGGGGCGUACGAUGGUAACGUCUACAAGCGCAUAUUCGAGUCGACCAAAAAGAAUCCGCUCAAUAAGGAGCCUGUGAACGAAGCAUUCCACAAGUACCUGAAACCCUUCAUGAAGGCACACCUCUAAACACACUUAUUAAGUGGGUUAUUUGCCCCCUAUUGUUACUCUUGUAAAUAUAUUGUUGUGCAGUUGAAAUUAGGCAGUAAAGUUAUACUCGCACGAAUAAAUUAGUCAUUUUUAGGUA